AUGGCGACAAAAACCGCCACCAAGCCUCCAUAUUCGGUCAAUGAAAACAGUUCGGGUGAAGUUGCUCACCGCGAGCACCACAAUUGUCCAACUGCCGAUGGUCAGCAAGAGCGAGACUGGUCUAAGCUUCGUGAGGAUGCUAAUCUGGCUACGGAGAAUGAACACAACACAACCCUUCUCCAAGGAAUCAAGUUGUAUCCCAAAGCAGUUGCUUGGUCACUGGUUGUAAGUCUGGCCAUCAUCAUGGAUGGCUAUGACACCGCCUUGAUGGGCAGUCUCUUUGGCUUUCCAGCGUUUCAGCGCAAAUACGGCCAUCAAAUCCCCGACAGCAGCAAGUACACCUUGACCGCACAGUGGCAAAUGGCUCUAGGAAUGGCCACGCCAGUUGGUAACGUGGUCGGGGUUAUACUCAACGGCCAUCUCACCGACAAAUUCGGGCACAAGCCAGUACUACACGGUGGCCUCAUUGCUCUCAUUGGGCUCAUAUUCAUCCAAUUCUUUGCACAGAAUGUACAGGUUUUAUUCGUCGGGCAGCUGUUGUGCGGGAUUCCGUGGGGCAUGUUCACAACCUUGGCCCCAGCGUUUUCUUCGGAAAUCGCGCCCUUGAUCCUGAGAAGCUACUUGGAGACCUGGGUUGUUUGUUGUUGGGGUAUCGGUCAAUUCUUUUCUUACGCGGUGCUGUUCAGCCUCAAUGAUUGGGACAGUCAGUGGGCGUAUCGCAUCCCGUUUGCAAUUCAGUGGCUCUGGCCCGUCAUCAUCCUCCCUUUGGCUGCUUUCUGUCCAGAAUCGCCAUGGUGGCUCGUACGAAAGGGUCGUUACGAAAUGGCUGAGCGAUCUGUUGUCCGACUCAGCUCAGCCAAGAGCAAAGAGAUUGCAGCGGAAAACGCUAAGAAGGCUGUCGCUUUGAUGAUUGAGACGGACAAGUUGGAGAAAGAAACCACCAAAGAUACAUCGUUUCUAGCUUGUUUCAAGGGCCAUGACCUAUGGAGAACCGAGAUCGCAUGUUUUACUUGGGGAAGCCAGAUCUUCACUGGCUUCGUCGUUCAGAGCUAUGCGGCCUAUUUCUUUCAGCAAGCAGGCCUGAGCCCGUCUGAUUCGUUUAAGAUGACUCUGUGUAUGGGAGGAAUCCACUUGUUGUGCAAUCUCGCAUCCGCUGCCCUCACAGGAAACUAUGGUCGUCGGCCUCUCUACCUCUGGGGAAACUUGGCUUUAGCUCUGAUCAUCAUGGUUGUCGGCUUCUUGGCCUUCGGCCCUCUGAAUUCAGCCUUUGGGUAUGCCACGUCGGCCGUUUAUUUGCUUUGGUUUGCUGUUUGGUGUCUAACCAUGGGGCCAUUGCCAUACAUUAUCAACGCCGAGGUAUCAUCAACACGGCUGCGAUCCAAAACAAUCGCACUAGCCCGAGGGACAUACCUGGUCCUGAAUAUAAUAAACAGCGUUGUCUCGCCAUACAUCCUGAACCCCCAGAACGCAAACUGGCGAGGCAAAUCGGGGCUCCUCACCUCUGGCCUGACCGUCGUAUCGCUCAUGUGGGCAUAUUUCCGACUCCCCGAGACCGGCAAUCGGACUUUCGAAGAGUUGGGUAUUCUGUUCGCAGAGAAGAAUAUCACAGCGAGAAAAUUCUCCAAGGCUGUCAUUUACCGAGAAGGCGAAGUGGUCAGAGUGACCGGCCCUCAUAAAUCUGAUAAUUAG